UUUUUUCUUUCUUGAGUGUCCCGUCUGCGCCUUGAGCGAGCGACUAGUGGGCGCGCACGUAGAAACGACGCUGCCGAGGCUUCAAGAUGGCGGAAGUCCUGACUACUCAGGAGGAACUGGCGGUGGAGGAGUUCCUCAGUGUGGUGCGUGGCAAGGAACAGCCUCACACAGCAGCCCUGGUCACCCAACCCACCGCCGUCAAGUUCCUCAGGGCCCGCAAGUUUGACGUCUCCCGGGCUGUAGACCUCUUCCAGGCAUACAAGAAUACGAGGAUCAAGGAGGGCAUCUUUGACAUUAACCCAGAGGAAGAGCCGCUCCGUUCUGAACUACUAUGUGGGAAGUUCACAGUUCUGCCUGGACGUGAUUCCAAGGGUGCUGCUCUAGCUCUGUUCACUGCCCAUCUCCACCGUCCUGACGUCACUACCCAUAAGGCUGUGCUGCAGGCCAUCAUCUAUCAGCUGGACAAAGCCAUAGAGAGCCUAGACACUCAGAGGGACGGCCUGAUAUUCAUCUAUGACAUGACCAGCUCCAGCUACAUGAACUUUGACUAUGAGCUCUGUGUCAAGAUCCUCAAUCUGCUCAAGGGUGCGUUCCCAGCGCGGCUCAAGUGUGUGUUCAUCGUUUCAUCUCCUCUCUGGUUCCGAGCUCCUUUUGCAGUCCUCCGCCUCUUCGUACGCGAGAAGCUGAGAGAGAGGGUCUGUACAGUGAAGGCACAUGAGCUGUCCAAUCACAUCCCAGUCUCCUCCCUCCCAGAACAUCUGGGUGGGACUUGCAAGUACAACCAUGUUGCCUGGAUACAGUCCUGCGUCAACACUCACGUCGCCCCGGGGAACAACCACACAGACUCUCUUCUUCACGACACACACGACUGUGUUGGCAGCCUGCUACGCUCCUACAGUCUGCUGCCCCGCGAUGUUAGCCCUGCUGCUACGCUAGCAGCUACACAAAGCUCCAUAGACUCCCAUUCAGAUUCACCUCCAACAUUAGCCUCCGAGCUAGCGUUAUCCGCUACGACUAACUCCAACUGCUACGAUGAUAGCAAUGCUAACCACUGUAGCAGGACUCAAAGCCAGACCCCGAACCGCUCCCAGUGCUCUGGACCGCAGGCGAACCACCACCACUGGAACGGCUCUGCCGGGGUCAGGACGGGGUCAGAGGUCAGCUGUGUUAGUGGUUCUGGGGUGGUCAGUGGUGUUAGCACCAAUGCUAACAGUGUGAACGGCCGCCAGCCGCCUCCGCAGUCAGACACUCCCCCAGACACGCCCCUGCACCCGAAAGUAGGAGGGGCUCUGUCCGCUGACGGCUCGGAAGCCCCCGACCACGACACGGCGAACGAGGAAGAGGAGGUGGACGAGGAGGCUGUACACGAGGUUCCUCCUCUCCCCCAGAAGUCUCACCCUCGCCCCGCUAUCUCGACGUCGUGGGGCGUGUCGGAGCAAGACGAGGAGCUCGGGGAGGCCCCGGCACCCCAGGAGGAGGCCACCAUCCACAUGCCUGAUCAGGGAGGGAUGACGCUGUUGGAGUUGGUGGAACACGUCAAGAGGCAGAAGAAGAAAGGCAUCUACCAGGAGUACGAGGAGAUACGCAAGGAGGCGCCCACCGGGAGCUUUGACUACAGCAAAAAGCUGUCCAAUCAGAUCAAAAACAGGUAUAGUGAUGUCCUCUGUCUGGACCAAUCACGUGUUAGACUCAGCCAGCUGUCCAACGACAAGGACGAGACGGCGGACUACAUCAAUGCUAGUUUUAUGGACGGGUACAAGAGGAGCAACGCCUACAUCGCUACUCAAGGUCCUCUGCCCAAGACGUUUGGGGAUUUCUGGAGAAUGGUAUGGGAACAGAUGGUCCUCAUCAUCGUCAUGACUACCAGGGUGGUGGAGCGGGGCAGGGUCAAGUGUGGUCAGUACUGGCCUCUGGAGGAAGGAAGGACAGAGCAGCAGGGUCUCUUCCUCAUCAAGAACACACACAUCCAGCUGUACCAGGACUUCAGGCUGUCUCACCUGGAACUGUACAACAGCCAGACAGGGGAGAAGAGAGAAGUCUUCCACUUCCUCUACCUCAGCUGGCCUGACUUCGGAGUGCCCAAGAGUGCGUCGGCCAUGUUGGAUUUCCGUGAGCACGUGCAGCAGCGGCAGGAGACGGCGCUGAGGAGUCUGGGAGCGGAGUGGGAGGGGCCACCAGGAGGACCACCACUGGUAGUACACUGCAGUGCAGGCAUCGGACGCACUGGUACGUUCUGUACUCUAGACAUCUGUCUGUCUCGGCUGGAGGACAUUGGAAAAGUGGAUGUGUGUGAGACAGUGAGGAGGAUGAGGACUCAGAGGGCCUUCAGCAUCCAGACCUGGGACCAGUACUACUUCUGUUACAUGGCUGUUAUAGAGUACGCUCAGCGACAUGGGAAACUGACCCCGGUACAGUGGUCUGACUCUGACCUGGAGACGGACAGUGAAUAGUGGGGGGACAGAGAAACACGUGGAGGGGUGGAGGGGUGAAUGCAGGUAGAGAUGGAAGGAUGGAUACAUUUUCUGAAAGAAAAAUAAAUGGAGAGAAAAUGGAAGAGGGCCCCCCUGGAAUUACCAUCCGAGGAGGAAGAAGAAAGGCUGAGCUGCAUCAACAUUUAAAUGAUUGGUUGAUUGAUCUGUCCUGCCAUUUAGUAUUUAGUGUGGUGACUUUGAGCCUGUUGCUGCCAUAGAGCUAGCUAGAGGCUUCUGCUCCAGGUUUUUGCUCCCUUAGCGCUAGCUAGAGGCUCCUGCUCCAGUUUGUUGCGCCCUUUGAGCUAACUAGAGGCCCCUGCUCCAGUCAUUUGCUCGUGUAGAGCUAGCUAGAGGACCCUGCUCUGGACUGUUUCUUCCAUAGAGCUAUCUAGAGGCCCCUGCUCUGUUGUGCUCAGGCCAGGCCUGUUGCUCCCGCAGAGCUACCUAGAGGCCCAUGCUUUGCACAUGUACUCCAAGGGCUUCUGUGACAGCAUGGGCAGUGCCAUCGAGGGCUAUCCACAUCUACGGUUGCUGCCA